AAACCAAAGUCAACUGAAGGAGCAUAAACACCAACACGGGAAAGAUUGCGAGAAAGAGCACAGGAUAUUGAAGUUUCAUUGAUACUAAAUCAACAUGGGAGGGAAUAACUCUAAACCAGUUACAACGGAUCCACCACAGAAUUCUGCUUCCCCACCAUCAGAAUGUCCCAUGCACAAUAAGACAGCUGGAGAUAAAGAUGUAAACGCUAACAAUGUAGCCCCACAGAAUUACCCUAGUGAAUGUCCUAUGCAUCAGGCAAACAGUAAAUCUAACAAUGCAGCAAAGAGCUACCCAAGUGAAUGUCCGAUGCACCAGGGAGCAGCUGGUGGUGAGAAGAAACUACCUGAUGACAUUGAUCCAGCAAAUAUGAUGCCACCACCAAACCAGCGCCCUGCACCUGAUCAACCUUUUCCAUUAGACAAGGACAGAAUUGUAUCUAACAUUCCAAAGGCAGACACAAGUGACAAUUGGGUUUAUCCGUCAGAACAGAUGUUUUGGAAUGCCAUGUUGAGAAAAGGGUGGAGAUGGAAAGAAGAUGACCUAGAGGCCAAAGAUAUGACCGACAUUAUCAAAAUUCACAAUGCUAACAAUGAACAAGGCUGGCAGGAGGUCCUGAAAUGGGAGGCUCUCCAUGCAAAGGAGUGUUCUACCCCAGCAUUGAGGAAAUUUGGAGGCAAAGCCACAGAAUACUCUCCAAGGGCUAAAAUUAGAAGUUGGAUGGGGUAUGAGUUGCCAUUUGAUAGACACGACUGGAUUGUGGAUAGGUGUGGCAAGGAUGUACGUUACAUCAUAGACUAUUAUGAUGGUGGGAAUGUGGAUAAAAACUUUCGUUUUUCAAUUUUGGAUGUGCGGCCAGCUUUUGAUUCAUUUGGUGCAUUUAAAGACAGGACCCAUGUGUUUUUUAUGAGACAUGGAUUCACCAUCAUCAACUGGUUUUCUAGAUUAACUCAUUCUACAGACAAAGCAAAGUCUAACACUGGUGCAGAGGAAAAAUCAUGAGAAUGACUUUCAUUGGCCAUUUGGUUUAUUUAUUUCAUUUGUACAUGUACUACUUUAUGACCCAUCAGUAUUUUUCAGACAUGUACAAUAUUUCAAAACACUUUAUUGCUAGGUAAUUAAUAUAAAAUGACAUUAUUUUCUGGCAGUUUGUGAAUGGGAAAAAUACUUUCUAAAUCUGUUCUGCCACUUCAAAGGAACAAUUUGAUUUUUCCAGUGAUGUGAAUGUUCCUGCCAGUGAUGUGGAUGUUCCGUUUUGUGUGUGAAAACUGUAACAAGAACAAGUUGCUGUUGGUUUUUAGUUUGAGUGCCAUUUUGAAAGAAAAAUGUUACAAAAAUUAAUAGGAAUUAUUCCUUCAAACUGACAUAAACUCUAAUGGAACAUUUGUUUUAAAGUAAAAAUUUUCCUACUGGUGGGACUGAUUCAGUCGGUUACUGGAUUUCCCACAUGCCAGUAAGCCAUAUAUAACAGUAAAAUUGAAGUUGACACAAUUUUCAGCCACUUUUAUGUUUGAUUAUAUACUCAUUUUUUUAUGAAUGUUGAGUUAAACCAAGGACAAAAUUUGUUAGAUUUAGUAUCCUCAGGUGGAUUUGCUAUUAUUGACCAGAAUGAACUUUACACAUUCUCAGACUUAACGGAGGAGUUACGCUCAUAAUAGCAACAGAAUAAUGUUCAUUAGUACAUACAAUGGGAGAUAACCUUGUCCAUUUGAUGUUCUAACAAAUGUGUGGCAUACCUCUUGAAGAAACCAAAGUUUGAUUUUGUAUACAUUUCUAUAUACAUGUACGAGGUAGUCUGACCAUUACAACCUGUCAAAUUGGUUGGAAGAACUGCAAUCUGUAUUGUAUAUGUGUACAUUUUGAAAUUGGUUGUUGACUGCAAAAAGUACAAAUUGUAGUAUCUUUUCAAUCUCAAUUGUUAACUUGCAUAUAGUGUAUGUCUGCCAAACCUCCAGAGAUGAAUAUCAAUGUGCCUGUAAUCAGCUUUAUGAGCAGAGGUAAUCACAAAAAUGUUCAUUGUGGUCCUUAUGUUGUUAACAAAUGGACACAACCUUUUACAUAAUCAAUUACAAUUUAAAUGUUGUUUACAACUGAAAAUCUUUUUAUUUUGCAUUUUGCAAAACUAAUAACACCUCAAGGGGCAUUGAAAGGACUGUUUAUAAGCAAGAAAGUGGAUUACCACAUGAUGUUCACUCACAACUGAACAAUUAUUGUGAUCUGACACAAUAAAACAGUACAAAAAGCAUUAGUAUAAAUCUACAGUAAACAGUAUUAUGUUUACCCACAAGAAGUAAUAAGCCCACCCAUAUCUGCCAACUAAUGAUAUUUUACAGUCUUGUAAGCGCUGUUUUCAAUUUUCAGUGUUAUGAUGUGUUGGCUUCCUGGGCAGGAUAGUUAUGAUAAAGAUAUUUUGAUGUGUUUUAAGACAAAAGUGAAUGCAUUUAUUAGUUAACUGUUAUAAAUCUGGCAUUCAUUAUGUGAUAGGCCAGUGUAUAAUUAGAAGACAGUAAGGCCAAUGUAUAUUUAAAAGACAAUAUAUUGAUCUCAUGAACAUGAGAUUUAACAAUUUAUGUCUUUGUGUUAAAUAAAAAGAAUGUGAGUUGAUCAAUU